AUGUGGUCUGGAUCCUCCGAGUACGAGCGCCUCAAAUCGCUCGAGAGGGAGUAUGAUGGCUUGCAGGAAGAGGGCUGCGAGCCGACACGUCGCUCCACGGUCAGGCUGCCGACAAGAUUAGUCGCGGCGCUCUUGGUCUGCAACGUACUCCUGUUCCUCUCGUCGGCGUACCUUCUUUGGGUUGCCACAUUCGGAAGACCGGCGGCCUCGGAGUGGGAAUGCGCGCAAACCGUCUCGCCUUGGUCUCCGGUGUGGGAGGCAGUAGAGUUCUGGGAGGGCAAUUUCGACAACGACUUCACCCAUCCCUCCAAAUACCGCGGCCCGCCGACGCGUCAACUGCAGCAGAACUGGGACGAUCUAUGGGGAGUUCGCGGCAUCGGCGUGAGCAGAGACGACCUGCGCAAGCUGAACAAGACCGAUGUCGAUCGCUACGUCGAGGUCCACGGGAGCGACCCUGGCAAUCCGACGUACGCUGCCGCGAUAGAGGCCCAGCACCAGCUCCAUUGUCUUAACGUGAUACGCCAAUACACGUGGCCGCUCGACAUGUACGACAAGGCAUGGGGCAAACUGUACCCGGCGGGCUUUGAGGACACGGCCACGGCUCGGGUGCACGUCGACCACUGCAUCGAGACGCUUCGUCUGAGCUUGAUGUGCUACGCCGACGUGACGCCUGCGCUGCUGAUGAGGAAUCCAGUCACCGGCGGCCGGCGAACCGACUUCAACACCCACCACAAGUGCCGGGACUUCCAAAAGAUCCUGGACUACAUUGGCGAGCACGGAACACAGACUGAUCCGCGUUGA